AUGAAGCUAUCUGCGAUCUCGUCUAUCGGGCUUAACACACUCAAAGUAGGGCUUGCUACCCUUCUCUACGCCCAACUAGGCGCUUCCCUUGCUCUCUCGUCUGAACCAGACGCCUCGCUCCUUGCGGGACCACUCAUCGGUUCCACGGUCACCCUGGAUUAUGGCACUUUCACAGGCCUUCGUAACACCACAAGCGGUAUCACCUAUUUUCGCGGAAUUCGCUAUGCGGAGCCACCCAUCGGCGAACUACGCUGGCGGGCCCCUGUCUCCCCGCCCAUUCGGCGCCUCGGUCGCGUGGACGCCACAAAGUUCGGUAACAACUGCAUUGCGACAGCACAAAGCACCGAAGUAGCCGGGUUUUCUGAGGACUGUCUCGUCGGAAAUGUGUACAUCCCGACGAACACGCGCAAAAAUGACAAACUUCCUGUUCUGGUUUAUUUCCACGGCGGCGGCUUCCAAGGCGGGACCACCCAAACUGCCCCUCCAGACCAGCUACUUCAAACCUCCGCGAAACCCCUUAUCUUUGUCUCCUUCGAGUACCGACUCGGUCCAUUGGGGUUCCUGGGAGGGUCGGAAGUCAAAAAGCAUGGCGUAUUAAAUGCUGGCAUGCUGGAUCAGAGAGCUGCAUUGCGCUGGGUUCAAAGAUAUAUCGGUAAUUUUGGCGGAGACAGAAGGAAGGUCAUGAUCUGGGGUCAAUCUGCAGGAGCUGGGUCGACCAUGUUCCAUCUUAUCGCGAACGGUGGCAAUCACGAGGGACUGUUCCGCGCCGCAAUGGGCGAUAGUCCUUCGUUGAGCUACCUUCCCGCCUACAACGAUGCUUACGUUGAAGGCAUUUACAAAAAAUUCGUCGGUUUCACGGCGUGUGCCAACAAAUCCACAAGCGCCGAAACCUUCCGUUGCCUGCGCGCCGCCCCCGUUUCAGAUAUCAUACAAGCAGGACCAAAACUACUUGCUUCAUACCCCUCCACACUCUUCGUCUUCGCCCCCACCCUCGACGGGACCUUCCUUUCCUCCCGGGCCGUCGGAGCCUUUUCCUCCACCUCUCUCGGCCCCGCUAAAUUCGCACAAGUCCCCCUCCUCUUCGGCUCCAAUGCGGACGAGGGAACGAAGUGGUCGUCCACGCUCCCUGACCCACUCUCCAACACGUCUAUGCCCUCCUCCGACCAAGAAACUGUCGUCCGUUUCCUCCAGGGCCAGUACGCGUCUCUUCCUCGGGAACCCGUGGAUGAAGCCAUGGGGGGGCUCGGGCUGUAUCCCUUUAGUAAAUAUGGCGAUGUAGGCAAGCAAGCAGAAGGAAUGUAUGGCGAGGCACGUUAUAUUUGCACUGCUGGUCUGCUUACGGGCGGUGCAACCUCGAGGGGUAUUGGAGAUGUCUAUCAAUAUUAUUAUUACAAUCCCCAUCUUGGAUCAGACCAUGGCUCAGAGCUUGCCGCAUUCUUCUCCACACCGAACAGCGCCGACGCGAACGACCUGGAGCUGUUUAAGACGAUGCGCGAAUACUGGACCUCGUUCGUCACAGAUGGCCGGCCGAAGUCAAAAAGCGGACUGGCUUGGAAGUCCUCGAACGACAGAACCGGAAGCCCUCGUCUCCUGCUGCAUCCCGCGGGAACCACGAUGGAGACGAUCGACGAAGAUUUGAGCGCUAGGUGCAGUUAUUGGAGAGGAAUGGCCGAUGAUAUGUCAACCUGA